CCUCAGUGUGUCCACAUUGGGACGUGGUUAAAAACAGCAAACUAGAACGCCACGUACACAUUAUGCAAAGAAUGGGUCUUUAAAAAGUCAAAAAGUAUCGCUAGGUCACAACUUCAUUGUCUUUUUAAAAUAAACUCGGGGGGAACAGCAUACUUUUUGCAUUGAAGCAAACAAGGGGUGGAGACACAGAAGUUUCCAACUUGGUCAGAAGUUGAGAACAGCGAGUAAACUUCUAACAAGUAAAAAUGAGCGAAACAGACCAGCAACAGAACGAGCUGCCUGCAUACUUGAAUGAUGAGCCCCCAUCAGAUCCCAAUAAAGACCAUCCCCAGACGCAGCCUGGCAUGUUCUCCAGGGUGGCUGGUGGUCUGUUCAGUGUCACAAAGGGGGCUGUCGGGGCCACAGUGGGUGGAGUUGCCUGGGUCGGAGGAAAGAGCCUUGAUCUCACGAAAACUGCCGUUACCUCCGUUGCAUCUGUACCAGCGAUGGGGGUGGGGCUCGUGAAGGGAGGCGUGUCUGCCGUGGCCGGUGGCGUGACUGCGGUUGGCUCUGCCGUUGUCAGCAAAGUCCCCUUUGGUGGAGGAAAGAAGAAGGACAAGUCUGAUUGAACCAUUAGGCUUGAAGGUACUUUCGGCAGAGGCUUCUGCAUUGUGUCUUCUCGUUUGACUCCUGCGUGAGUUCAUAGCGGAGUUCAUGCUCUGUGUUGCGAUCGCAUUUGACAAUAUUUCGUCUGCCUGACUGGACCAUCAUAAUGACAUUCGCAAACUGGGAGCCUUCAUAUGCUCGACACAAGAGCCUCUGUUUUUGUGUAAUAAUAGGACAUGAAGUGUCUGUUGUAUUCAGAGAUGGGCCAAAAUUGUUAAUGUCUAAUGUAUUAGAUUUCUGAAUUGACAUGUACGUGUGGACUUCCAAAUAUUCCAUUACUGUUUUACAAAGGCGCACCGGGCCUCGUGCAUGUGACCGUAGAGACACAGAAUUCAUAUAUGUUUCACACGCACACCUUACGGUCGAACUGCUGCGAGCCAGUUGUCUGAUUAAGAUGAAGAUCAGUCAAGUGUCCCUCAAGGUUCUGUGGGAGAAAAUCAUCGCUUUGAGGUGCUGAUGUUGAGGCUUCAUCCAUCUCAUUGAUUGUUUGUGAGAUUACUUACUUUGUGCCUCUGGGGUCUAAGCUGAUCCAUGCUGGCCUCUCAAACCCCAAUGUCCAUUGCAAAACGGAAAACACAAGUAUAUACUCGCGCUGUGUUUGAUGUGCCGUAGAAAAAGGACAGCAAAUUGAGGACCACAAAUCUGAAUGCUGAUAGUCUUGAGGGUUUUAGGGAAAAGUGUGUGCGACUGACAAUCGGCAUCAAAACAGAAGUACAUCAGCUACAUCUGUUUUCCAUUACCCCUUGAGAUUCUUUUGUUUGUGCUUUUCUUGUUUGCUCUUCUGUCAUGUUUGUUCAAUCUUCUUUGCUUUGUUUAUCUCUUUAUUGUGAAUCUUUUUGUUUUAUUGGGCCAACAAAGAACCACAUAAGGUGAAAAAAUACAAUACAGUAUUUUCGUCUGUUAAGUGUUGUCUUUUUCCUACCAAAAAAUAGGAUGGAAAAAAUGUUGUAUUUGAGGAUUUGUUUUAUGUUAACGUUAGUAUGCUUUAUGGUAUUUAGUAUGGUAUUCCAUGUACUCUCUCUUUUUAGAUGUAUGAGUCGAUGUUUGUUUCCUGAUUGAUAUGAAGCGAUCCACAUUUCUUUGUAUAAUGUGAAUUUAAAGGAUUUAAAUAAAUUAAUAUCACA